UGUUUGUUUGUGUAACUUUUAAUUUUAGUCAAAUAUGCUUUGCAUAAAUAAUUUUAAACUAAAUUUCUUCAAAUAUCGAAGAAAAAUAAAUGAAAGCGUUAAUUUAAUUCGYAGUCAAAACAGUUGGAAAUGUCAACAGUCACAGUCAGCACAGAUAAUAAAAAAUUCCAAGUUGAAAGUGUUAUUUUUCGGUACCGACACAUUUUCAUUACCCAGUCUGCAGGCGCUACAUAAUAACUAUAGUUAUUCAAGARCAGAAAGCAAUUUACUGAGCGUCGUAACAUCUUUUAAAAAUCCGGCAAAUUGUGUUCGUACCUAUGCAGAACAGAAGCAGCUGACACUUUAUCGUUGGCCCGUACUUCCGGAAGAUUGUCAAGGGUACGAUUUAGGUGUUGUCGUAUCAUUUGGUCAUUUAAUACCUGAGAGGAUCAUUAAAUCAUUUCCAAAUGGUAUGAUUAAUGUACAUGCCAGUUUAUUACCUCGUUGGCGUGGUGCUGCGCCCAUUAUCUAUGCUAUAAUGCAAGCAGAUGCGCAUACUGGAGUGUCUAUUAUGAAAAUUGAACCAAAACACUUCGAUGUCGGAGAUGUGUUGGCGCAACGUGAAAUACCGAUAAGAGCCGAUAUUCUUAUGCCGGAACUUCAUGCACAACUCGCACAAGAAGGCGCUAACUUGCUGGUUAAUACUUUAAAUAAUUUCUCAAGCUGUUUGGAAUCUGCAACAAAGCAAAAUAAUGAGCUUGCUACAUUUGCACCCAAAAUAACAACGGUCAUUACAAAUGUGAAUUGGUCUCAAUUGAGUGCAGAACAAUUACAUUGCAGGUUUCGCGCACUUUUUGGCUUUAAGCACUUAAUAACGAGAUUUCAGAAUAAAAAUAUUCAAUUGAUUGAUGUUAAACUACCUGCUGUAAAAGAGCUCCCUGCUUCUUUAGCUAAUGUGGAGUGUGGYUCGUUUUUGUACGAUCGAUAUAAACGUCUGCUUUUAGUUCGUUGCGCCGACAACACACACUUGGAAAUACAUCAACUACGUGUCGAAGGUAAAAAAAUUAUGACUGCAAUAGAAUUUAAUAAUGGAUUCCUCAAGCAAAUAAAAUCCACUCAAAUACUGUCGUUUACAAGUAAAUAAAGUUAAUUUGGCUGGUAAACAAGAA